AAAAUAUUCUCAAUCAACAGUCGAAUGAUAGCAUGGAUUUCCUUGUGGCUCCAGCAUCUAUAACAGGGACGACAUCGGCAACCAUCGCACCAGCAAGUGGAUCAGUAACAACGUUGUCCUUGAAUCUGAAUGUGUUACAACCACCACCUUUGAUACCAGCACAGUCACAGCAACAACAGCAACAUCCCACAACAUCUACCCUUAUGGACAUUAAUCAGAACAGUAACCAAACAAUGUUGCCACCAACUGCAAUCAAUGGACCACAGACAGCCCCUGCCAGGCCUCUGGAAAAUCUUAUUAUCUUCGACAAUUUCAAUGUUCAUGAGACGCAUCGCAUUGAGGAUGGAAUUUGUACCCAAUUGUCCAGGUUACCACCCAAAAAACAGGAAUUACUAAAACAGUUCGGUAUUCAAACAAAUCAGACUGUAACGUAUUAUGAAAAGUAUAUUCUCAUCGAAAAUUUCAACAGAUUUUGCAAUGAAUAUAAGGUGGCCGAUCAUAGACCCUUUUUGGAUUUAUCGGAGAGCGGUUUACCCAAAUCCGAACAACUUAAAUUCAUACGGUAUUUGGGACAGGGACUACCCAAUUUGACACUAAACAAGAUCUUCUUGGUUUUCAAGGACAUUUUAGGUUUAAGCAGAAUAGAAAAAAUGGCUAUAGAGGGCUAUAACUUAGAUGCAAUAUUAAAAAAGAAAAAGAGAAACUUAUACAAUCGAAUGACAGCAGCUGCAGUGCACAAAGAAUGUAAUCCAGAUGCCAAUACACCCGCAUUACCAACAACGGCAACCAUAGCGAAACCAUCAUCAGUUCCAGUGGUAGCAGCUAAUAUUAUUCCAGCACCGGCAUUAUCCCCUAUCUAUCAACAGGAAUCGUAUAAAACUUAACGUUGGUGUUCAUUUUUGAUAUAUUUUUUAAAUAUUUAAUAAUUAAAUAUCUAAUUGUUAUUUAAAUGAAUUCCUCCUCCUCCUUCCCUCAGUUUGUAGCAAACUUUCCGGAACUGGACCAGUAACUGUUGUGUCUUGAAAACGAUGAAGCAAAUGAAACAAAAAAAUUAAUUUAUGUAUUUAGACAGACGGAGAAAGUGAACAAAAAUAUGCUUAUAAAAAUUAAGGACUUCAGAAUCAACAUUAAAGUUAUU